AUGUCAGAAAUUAAAAAUGCAACAUUUAAAUCAUUAGGCCUUUCCAGGUGGCUCCAAGAGGCUCUCCAAGCGAUGAAGAUAAACCAACCCACCGCCAUUCAGAAGGCAUGUAUUCCUGAGAUAUUGAAAGGAAGAGAUUGUAUCGGUGGGGCCAAGACUGGUUCAGGUAAGACUGUGGCGUUUGCUGCCCCAAUGUUGACUAAAUGGUCAGAGGAUCCUAGUGGUAUGUUUGGUGUCGUGCUAACGCCCACUAGAGAAUUAGCUAUGCAAAUUGCUGAACAAUUCACUGCCCUGGGAAGCAGCAUGAACAUUAGAGUUGCCCUUGUUGUUGGUGGUGAAAGUAUUGUGGACCAAGCUAUUCAGUUACAAAAGAAACCACAUUUUAUCAUUGCUACACCGGGGAGAUUAGCACAUCAUAUAAUGAGUAGUGGUGAAGAUACCAUUGGUGGACUAAAAAGAGCCAAAUUCUUGGUCUUGGAUGAAGCUGAUAGUUUGUUAACAGAUACAUUUGCUAGUGAUCUAGCCACUUGCAUCGGUGCACUACCGUCCAAGGACAAGAGACAAACGUUAUUAUUCACAGCUACGAUUACAGACCAAGUUAGAGCAUUGGAGGACGCACCCAUUCAAGAGGGCAAACCACCUUUGUUUACAUACCAAGUGGAGAGUGUGGAUAAGGUGGCUAUCCCAUCUACUUUAAAGACAGAAUAUAUUUUAGUUCCAGAACAUGUGAAGGAGGCAUACUUGUAUCAAUUGUUGACAUGUGAAACUUAUAAAGAUUCUAGUGCCAUUAUUUUUGUGAACAGAACCAUGACAGCUGAAAUUCUACGAAGAACUUUAUAUCAUUUAGAAGUUAGAGUUGCAUCACUACAUUCACAAAUGCCACAACAGGAAAGAACCAAUUCAUUACAUAGAUUCCGUGCCAAUGUAGCAAGAGUAUUAAUUGCAACUGACGUGGCAUCCAGAGGGUUAGAUAUCCCCACAGUGGAAUUGGUUAUUAACUACGAUAUUCCUGCAGAUCCAGAUACUUUUAUUCAUAGAGCAGGUCGUACUGCUCGUGCUGGAAGAAGUGGUGAUGCUAUAUCUUUUGUAACGCAGAGGGAUGUUUCCAGAAUUGAAGCAAUUGAGAAACGUAUAAAUAAGAAGAUGACGGAGUCUGAUAAGGUUCACGACACUGCAGUUAUAAGAAAGGCUUUGACCAAGGUGACUAAGGCUAAGAGAGAAUCCUUAAUGGCCAUGGAGAAGGAAAAUUUCGGGGAGAGAAAGAGAGUCCAGAAGAGGAAAGAACUGGCAAGCAAGGGAUUUAGAAGGGAUUAA